AUGGACUCUCCAGAAACGCCGCCAAGUUCCCGCCCCCGCCAAGUGAAUGUCUCCAAUGAUAGCCAGAUUUCAGAAAACAGCAGUGGGUCAAGGUCAAGUUCACAAAGACGUCGUUCGUUGAGAGCUCCGUCGAAAAUCCGCCCCACUAAAUACAUCAGACAAGAUCCUGGCAAUUUUAGGAUACACCCAAACCUCCAUAGCAUCGUGAGAGAAGCGCAUGGUAAGAUUACUGCUGAUAAUGUUGAUUUUAACCUUCUUUUUUCUGAUUUCACGCAUUUUCAGCUAUGCUCAACCAGUUGGACCCGGAAUCGGUGUCUGCUUUUGCGGUGAAUGUGAACAAGGAGCACAUAAAUUAUGCCUUCCUAAACAAACUGAAGGAUCUGCAAGAUAAAGGCGAGGUGACCCUUCAAAAGCAAACGGUCGUCGUUUACUCGGAUGGAAGCGAAGGAGAGGAACGAUACGAAGUACUUGACGGAAAUCACAGAAUUCUCGCCUUACAAGAGUGGUUUUUGCGGAAAUACGGGCCUGAUAACCUGGACAAGCUGAACCAUCACAUCAUCUCCGCUAUAAUCGUCCGCCAAGUGUGUUCUCCGGAGACUAGGUGUCUCAUUGGGUGGAAAGCGCAUGUUGGAACUUCGUGCCACGUUCAAGCUCGUCGCAAUGUCAAGAAGAAUGCAGGUUUAGAUUCGUUAUUCUGA